AUGACGGCAGGUGAAAACACAACGAAACCAACGGCCACGAACUCCACCGUGAUUAUGGCCGGCAGCACCAAUACCACCACAACAACACCAACCGGUGUCAGCUCCGGAACAGCGCUCACGAAGCAAUGGUGGAAGGUGUGCUUUCUGUACGGUGGCAAUCAGGAGAAGUACUACCGGCAGAUCUACGGUAAAGCCGCCUCGGAACGACUGGCAGCGGCAAGUGCAAAGCAAAUGGCCACGACAAUGGUGGAAUCUACCGUAGUUCCCGCCCCAGCAGUAGUUCAACAGCUCACCAAUACCGGCACGCCAUCAUUCCCAGCACUUCCACCCAAAAAGACGGCAUCAUCUCCACCGACGAUUGGUGAAGGAUUCCGUUUCCGUAAAGGUUCGCCCGUGAUCAAAUCGACCUCCUCCCGCUCGAACCUCACGCUACCCGUGGUCACAGACCCCGAGGGUCACCAGUCACCGCACCUAACCUCACUUUCACAACCAGCACCAACGGCGGGAAUCCUGCGCAAACGCGUCACCGUCCUAGACGACACGUUCCUGCUCGGAACGGUGGCCGACAUCGACGAGGCGGAGGUUGACGAACAGCGGUCAGACAGUGGCAUCAACGUGGACGCUCGGCAACCAUCGCCCCAGGUGGUUGCGGAUCAACAGCCACCGCACCGGUUCGAUUGCCAUCGGCCCGGAAUGCGGCGAACGUUUCACCUGAGCGGGGACGAGCUGCGGUUGCUUAACUUUGACCAACCACCGCGAGCGCCCUCUAACGGUGGUGGCGCGCACCAGCAGCAAAUUAGCCGUACCGUCGCCGCCGCCGGUCAUCCAUCAUCAUCAUCAUCAUCAUCAGCGUCAGCGUCAUCGUCAUCGCCGGUGUCAUCGUCUCCGGGUUCACCGUCGGCGUUGGUGAAGCUACCCACCGGGAGUCCGAUCGGGAGGUGUGCUUUAAAUGCCACGGCGGGCAUGGACAUCGUGUCAUCGCCGAACCCAUCAGUACAAAUGUCGUAUCCAUACCAAAAAGCGCACCAUCAAGCCCAGCAGCCUCCAAACGGACACCAGUUGCUCCUUCAACAACAGCAGCAACACCAAGCGCUCCAGGAUAAUUCCCAUCUCCUGCAUCAUGGCAACAACGCGCAUCCUUACGCCUACGACGUCGGUCGCAGCCCACUCCGGAGCCCUCAAACACCUCCCGUCUACGGUAGCAAACCACCACCACCACCUCCCACUCAAGCUCCAUACCUCUACCAGCCACCGCACCCCUCCACCAUGCCACUAACCGGCGGUGGAAUGUCAGGACCUCCAUCCGGAAUGGCUCUACCGCUGACAGCGCCAUCUAACGGCGAGUGUUUCAUGUUGCCACCAUUGCAACCUCAACAACCACCCGACGGUGGGCUUCCAUCCGCAACAAACUCCAGCAACACGGUCUCAAACGGUCGAUCCGUUUUUCCCCACCGAGCCUACCCGGCGAUGGCGUCAACUCACCAUCAUCCACCGACGGCGCCCUUUCAUUCACCCUCGACGGUUUCAGCCCUUAUUGGGCCGCCAGCGGUUGCCGCUGGUCAGCAGCAGCAGCAUCAUCAUCAUCAUCACGCCCAAGCCCAGCUGCCGUUUGUGCCGAUGCACGCGCACAUGCUCGGACCGGACACGGCAGGACCACCGACGGCUCUUGGUGGUGCCGUUGGGCAGGUGCAGGGUGGCCCUGUGGGGGUAGGCGCCGGUGGGCAAGGUGGACCGGUCGGUGGAGUGGGCCCAGGUGGUGGAAUGGGCGGCCAUAACUACUCGCAAUCGGACGAUGAUAGUGGUUGCGCGCUCGAAGAGUACACCUGGGUGCCGCCUGGGUUGCGUCCGGAUCAGGUUCAUCUGUAUUUUUCCGCCAUCCCGGAGGAUAAGGUCCCGUACGUGAACAGCAUCGGCGAGAGGCAUCGCGUCCGGCAGCUGCUACAGCAGCUUCCACCGCACGAUAAUGAGGUUCGGUAUUGCCACUCGCUAACGGACGAGGAACGGAAGGAACUGAAGCUUUUCUCCGCCCAACGCAAACGGGAAGCGCUAGGACGUGGUACUGUCAAGCAGAUCACCAACACACUCAUAUGCGAGCGAUGCAGCGAAUGUGCGUCUUCCGGUGACAUGAUGGUGUUUGCGUCACGGUUCGAGAACAACACCUGCUGGCAUCCGGCCUGUUUCGCCUGCUGCGUUUGUAAGGAGCUGCUGGUUGAUCUGAUCUACUUUCAUCGCGAGAAUCGAUUGUACUGUGGACGACAUCAUGCCGAGACGCUGAAACCCCGGUGUUCCGCGUGCGAUGAGAUUAUCCUGGCUGACGAGUGUACGGAGGCUGAAGGACGAGCAUGGCAUAUAAAGCACUUCGCUUGUUUCGAGUGCGACAAACAGCUAGGAGGACAGAGAUACAUCAUGCGAGACGGAAAGCCAUACUGUCUGCAUUGCUUCGACGCCAUGUUCGCGGAGUAUUGUGACUACUGCAGUGAACCCAUCGGUGUUGACCAGGGUCAGAUGAGUCACGAUGGUCAGCAUUGGCAUGCGACGGAUCAGUGCUUUGCCUGUAGUACCUGCAGGUGUUCACUGCUCGGUCGACCGUUCUUGCCGAGGCGUGGUGAGAUCUACUGUUCGAUCGCUUGCAGUAAAGGAGAACCUCCAACACCUUCCGAUGGGUCUUUGCCAGCUGCCGCCGCUCUGAUACACGGUAGUAUGCGAAACAACCGUAGUAACGACGCCCAACAGCAACGAGCGGAUGGCAGCGAGUACGAACAUACGAUCGCCAAACCGUACCAGUGUUCAACCCGGUCUCCGGAACCUCUGCAAAGCCCGGUGCGUGCCGUUGGAAGGCUUUCACCUCCACACACCGACGCAAGCCACGGUGAAUCGAACCCAGACGCCAAUGGGAACGACGAGAUGACACUCUCCUGCUACACUGCUGCCACGAGCAUCACCACCUCGAUGUCUGCGGCAACGGGGAACACGAGCACGACACUCGCAACCACUGCCACCAACAACACGGGCGCUGAAGCGACCUCAGCGGGUAACGAUCAUGAAGUACAAAGCCAUGACAGUAACGGAAGCACUGAUCGGGAACAGCUGCUAAGUCCUACAUCCAGCAUGACGGCGGGUACCACCGACGUCGGAAGUAAUGGUGUAUCGUCAACCCAACAGCGUUCCGUUGGUGACUCGAACCGACAUCGAAUUCCCCAGUGUUCGCCGGAACUGAAUCGGCUGCUGCACAAAGAUCGCAGUCGUCAACCACUUGAUCUAACCGAUCUUGGGCACAGUCUCGAACAGCACUGGCAAUCGGAGCGUACUGGAAGUGAAACGAUCGGGUUGCCAACAGCCACGGUCACCGUUCGGUUACAGCCGGGAGCGAAAGGAGUAGUUGGAAGUACGACCAAUGCGACACCGAACCUAACAACCUCGAUGCCGGAACUGAACCGAUGCCUGGCCGAUCGGAGUGGAUCACCGAGCUUUAGCGGGACGAAUAGCCCCACACCGAUGCCGGUGGAGGAUGGUAUGGCCAUUGUCACGAUCGGUGACGAUGCGGACGAUCACAACCAAAACGCCUCGGAUGCGUCCCACUCCAUCGUGGAGUUGCCGACGCCACCACCGAUAGUUAUCAAGAAAGAAGUACGCUUCGAAGGAGACUUUCAGGAUUCGCUGCCUCGCACCAAGACUCACUGCCAGCGAGGUGGCGGACAGCGCUCUCGAACGACCAAAUCUUCCAAAAGAAGAACCGAUUACGAUCGCUACGAGAGUGGGACGUCUUCCCGGCGGCACCAUCACCACGCACAAGCGCAUCACCAGCAGAACAACGAUCGUCACGAUCGAGGUAGUGACCGGCACAGCUCGUCCUCGAGCAGGAGAUCUCCUCGCAGGCGACGACACGCCAGUUAUGAGCAGAGCCACCGGCGUAGUUACGCGUCGGAUGAUGAUGAGCAGGCGGAGGACGAACCCGACAACUACCGGCGACAUCACCAUUCGCACAGGGAGCAACAACGACCGGUGGAUGAUUCGGACACGCGUAGUGUCUGCUCCACGUGCUCUUCUAGCUCAUCCAGUGCGGAUGAUGACGUAUACGAGCUUCCGCUGAGGCGCACGUCGUACGGUGGAACUCGGAUACACUAUAUGCCAAACAAUUCGCUGGCCUGCGCUAGGAAGCGCAAGCAACUGCAGACGGCCACCGGACCCGGUGGUGGUGGUCAGCACUAUGAAAAGGACAAUAAGAACUGUAUCAUAUCGUAGGUAAGCGUAACUCUGAGUGUGUUGUGUUGUCCCCUUAAAACUGUGUUUCAAACUGUUACAUAUCUCUUGU